GACCCCGGCCUGGCCACCGCACAGAGCCCUGGGGAUCAUGCGCAGUGCUCCCCGGAACCCCAUGGCGCAGAAGCAAGGUGCCAGUCAGCCCCGCUCACAACCUCAGGGGGCUUUUUUCCUUGAGGCGGGAAAGUGGGUCAACUCUCCUCUGGCCUCGAGUGGGCUUUUGGGGCUACGUGGGUCGGAUCCGUUCCUCCACCCCUCACCUCCUCACAACUCCCCCGCUUGGGGUGGUUCGGAGGACCAGCUAGAGGCAGCGGUAGGGGGAGCUUGCACACAUGGCUCCGAAAGCUAGGGUUGCCGGUCUGCGUGGCUGCCAGGCUCUAAAGUUCCCGAAUGACCACACCAGUAACUAAAUAUAGGAGCAGCUGGUGCGGACGGGGUGUCGCAGCAGCUCCUUUGCACAGACAAGGCACAGGCCCCCUUGUGAGCAGCAGCCCAGCCAGGGAGCUGGCGGCAGGACACCCUCGUCUGCAUGCUGAGGAAGAUGGGGGAGGCCGCGGCCAGAGUUGCGCGGAAGGUCAAUGAGACGGUGGAGAGCAGCUCCGACACCUUGGUACCCUUCUGACCACGGAGUCCCUGGGUGAUGCAGAUGGUUAAGUCCUCAUCUACUAACCGAAAAGUUGGUGGAUUGAAUUCACUCAGAGGCACCUUGGAAGGAAGAAGUCCUGGUGAUCUACUUCGGAAAGAUCACAGCAUUGAAAACGCUAUGAAACACAGUUCUAUUCUGAAACACGUGGGUCACCUCGCCGUGAGUUGGAAUAACUUGAUGGCAGUGGCGUAUUUAACUGCAUAUGACCAUGACCUGGCCGAGUGCAAGCUGGUUUCCUUCCCCAUCGGCAUCUACAAGGUCUUGCGGAAUGUCUCCGACCAGAUCCACCUCAUCACGCUGGCCAACAACGAGCUCAAGUCCCUCACCAGCAAGUUUAUGACCACGUUCAGUCAGCUCCGAGAGCUCCGCCUGGAAGGGAACUUCCUGCACCGCCUCCCCAACGAGGUCAGUGCCCUGCAGCACCUCAAGACCAUCGACCUGUCCCGGAACCAGUUCCAAGACUUCCCUGAGCAGCUCACCACCCUGCCAGCGCUGGAGAUCAUCAACCUGGAGGAGAACAAGAUUGUGGAUGUGCCCGUGGAGAAGCUGGCCACCAUGCCAGCCUUGCGAAGCAUCAACCUCCGCUUCAACCCGCUGAAUGCUGAGGUGCGCGUGAUCGCCCCACCACUCAUCAAGUUCGACAUGCUCAUGUCUCCGGAGGGCGCACAGGCCGCCCCACCUUAGGCCACCCUCCUCAUGCCCACCCAGCAAGGGACAGAGGCCACUUGGCCUAGCACCCUGAGUGGGGGGAUCCCAUGGGCCCAUGGGAGGCCAAGCUUGGGGGACUGGGAGUGGGUGGGCCAGACAGUGCAUGAAAGGAAGGGAUGUGGCCAGCCCAGGGCCCAGGAUAGAUAGCUUAGAGCAGUAGGGGCCCUGGCACACCUGAGGGAGGAGGCGAGGGGGCCGGGGCUGGAGCUGGAGCACUCGCAGCUUCUGCGCAAGUCUGGGCAGACCCUCCGCCCUCUGUCAGCCUUGGUAUUUGGGAAAAGGGGCUUUGGCGGGAGCCUUUGCCUCCUUCAGAGGCUUUUAGGAAAUGCAUGCCUCCAAAUUGCCUCCAAUCUUCAGGUACCUUAUGAGCCCAUGGAAUGAGCACUGUUGAGCAUUUUCUGGGCCUGCGGGUUUGAGGCCUUGUUUUUAGUGCUGAGAGCUGAUCGCCACUCUGGGAGGGGUAGAAGACAACCUUCAUCUAUUUGUUGCUUCCUGAGAACAGAUUCGGGGGAGGCGCACCCUUCACAGUGCCCCAUCUUCAGCCCUGCUGGUCCCUGGGGUUGGCAGGAGCUGAAACCAGGAGUUAUGGAAGAGCUGGGGUGAGAAUCUGCCUGCAGGGCCUAGCAGGGCUGAGAACAUUCAUGUAGGAGCCUGAGGCCAGAGACUGGACAGCAUGGCUGGUUGCCUCUGGGCUUCCUCUGCCCUGUGCUUCCUGGGAUUAAAGAAUGGGUGGGAGAGGAAGCUCUGGGGACUCUGUCCCUUCCUCGGGAAGGACCAGGUGUGGUUGGCAUCUUCCUUUGAGCCACAGGAGAAGUGGCCCCCAGAGAAACAGAGGCAUUCACCCUGUGGCUCUGGUCCUAGGUAAUUCGAUGGUCACACUGACCAGUCUCCCUCAGGCUGCUGCUCACCUGCCGUGUAAGUGGUCACCUGCUGGCUCAGCAGACCACUGGAUUUGUAGCCCUCUGGCCCCCAUGUCACUACCCAAAGCCCUGAUGACCUAAUCAUUUCUAGGUCCUCAACCUGGGGUCUAGGAUGUGCCAGGCACCUGUCCUGGUUCGCCCAGGAUUGAGGGGUUUCCCAGAAUGUGGCAUUUUUAGCGCGAAAACCGGAAUAGCUGGCCAUCCUACCAGGAGAGGGCCUGGGCUCUUGCUUUCUGGCUCCACCUCUGGUUUGACCCUCCAGGUAUUUAGGUAUCUACCUCCCACCUUCUCCUCACCUGUGGAGCACGCUGACUUGGAGCUGCCCCAGAACUCACCUGGCCUAGACCUCUGUAUGGGUAUCUGGAGGCAGCCUGAGACCCCAGGAUUUGGGGCACAGCCAGGCCAUGCAAGUCCUGUGUCCUGGGGACUAGUGGCCACUCAGACACUCCUAGGAUUAAGCUGUUCCCAGCCCAGACUAGCCCACAGGGCAGUAACCCAACCUCAAAAUGCUCCCAGCCCAUCGGUCUGACCCUGCCCAGGUCUCCUGACUCAUGACAGGGGGCUGACCCAUCACUGAGCGCUCUGUGUCCCAAGAGACACCUUGUCCACUCUGCUCGCUUCCCAAGGCCUGAUUGGCCAAGCUCUGGGAACAGGGUUUUCAGGGCAAGGAGGUCAAGAUGGGAUCUCCAGGGCUGUGAGUUCAGCACUGCCCAUUGGGAUGAGCGGGGGCUGAAGCCCAGCUGGCCCCGCUCCUGUCCUAGAGCUAGCUUUCUCCUAGUCAGAGAAGGGCGGCUUCUUCUGGUACAAACAACGGCAUUGUAUAGCCGGAGCCUUGCAGCAUCAGCCUCACCUGGGAGCUUGUUAGGACUGCGGAAUCUCAGGUCGCACCCCAGGCCUCCUGAAUCAGGGUCUGCACUUUAACAAGACCCCCAGGGGACUCCUGCAAGCCCUUUACAGUUUGAGAAGCAAGGUUCUAGGCAUGGCCCUGGGGAUGUCCUCAGAUUCGAGGUGAAGUUCUCUGCUCUCCAACCUGCCACUUACAGGGCUUUGGGCCUGCUCAUUCCCCGCCUAAACCAGCCCCGGCUGGGAGACCCUGGGCCUCUCAGGUCUUUCAGAGUCUGCCCCCCACUCCAGUGAAAGCAGUGGCCCACAUGGGCAGGAGACGAGGGCUGAGUUUGCCUGACCAGGGCCUCAUCACCUCUGGCCCCUGCCUUUCUGGUUAAGCCCUGCGUACCAAGCCACCUGCCCCCCAGGGCCUUAUGUCAGGCCCUUUCAACGGGUUGCUUUCCGAAAGUUGUUUUCUAGUCUGCUCUUAGAGCUGGCUCCUCCCUUUCCGGGGAAGCUGGGGGAGUCAGAGAAGCCCUCUAAAUCGGAGCUUCGGUGUGAGUGAGCACCCUUCGCUUUGAGCCUACAAUAAACGAUGCAUUGGUUUCACCUGCCUGGUGGGUGUUUGAUUCAUUCUUAGUGCACAGACCUCCCUUGCCUGGGUGUCAAACCUGCCCACCUGCAAAGAAGGAGGGCUGCCCCUCCUGUUGAAAGCAGGAGGUAAAGACAGCUAGAGCAGGGAGAUACUCAGAAUAUUCCCG